UUUUGGGUAAGAACCACAGAGUAGAUUCAUUUGUCAAACACAGCAGUCAUGGUUCAAAAGUUUAUCAUCCUAAGCGUUGUUUUCGCAGUUGCAACAGCUGUUGUUGUACCAGCACCAGCAUAUCCAGGGCUAGGAGGUUUGUCGGCAUAUUCACCUUAUCAUGCACCUGCAUUAGCUGCUCCAGUUCUUCCAGCUAUUACUAAAAUUGCGGCACCAGUAUAUCCUACAAUUGCAAAGAUUGCCACACCAGUCGUAGCAAAAGUUGCUGGACCAGAACCUUACGAUCCAAAUCCAGAAUAUAGUUUCAGUUAUGAUGUACAUGAUGCUUCAACUGGCGAUGUUAAGAGUCAGCAAGAAUCACGUCAUGGUGAUGUAGUACAGGGCGCUUACUCACUUAUUGAAGCUGAUGGUACAAAACGUUUAGUCGAAUACACUGCCGAUCCAGUUAAUGGUUUCAAUGCCGUUGUACAUAAGGAAGCUGCUGCUGUCAAAGCUGUUGCACCAAUUGCUAAAGUAAUUGCACCAGCACCUUUAUUACAUGCUGCUCCAGCUCUUGCUGUAGCUAAACCAUUGCUUGCACCUGCUUAUGCUGCUCCAGCUUAUGCUGCACACUCUUAUGCUGCCCCAGCUUAUGCUGCUCCAGCCUAUGCUGCCCCAGCUUAUGCCGCCCAUACCUAUGCUGCGCCAGCUAUUGCCAAGGUUCCAGCUAUUGCAUCAUAUAUCCAUCAUUAAAAAUUAACUUAGUCAAAUCAUGAAAAACGUUUCAAAAACCGUUGCCGACCUCUUGCCAUAUUCGUAAAUAACGACAACAAAGACAAAUGAGAUUCUGUUUUUUUAAUAUUAAUAUAUAAUGGAAGUGAAACAAACGACAAAUUCCAUCAAAGAAUUUUGCAUUCCAACUAUCCACAUAGUCAUACAUACAAUACGUGGUUUAAGGACUACAGUUCGAAGUGGAAAUAAAUCAAUUUAACAGUAGUAUUAGAAAAUGAAUAUGAAGUCCAUCAUUAUUACUGAUUCAAUGACCAAUUAGACCAGGUCUCUAGUUUCUUACUAACAUAAACAAAGUCAACUAAAUCAGAUAUUAUCCUGUUAGUCCUUUAUGUCUGUAGAAACUUUUUAAACAUUUUGUUAGUUUUUUGUAUAUGUUUUAUUUGUUUUUCAUUUCAUUGAAAAUAUCCUUGUUUAAUGUUUAUGUUAAGGCUGUUUGACCGCGAUAAAUAAUUAUGUUAAUUACUUGUAAAUAUUCAACAAAUAAAUUUGUUAUAAAAUAU